UCUCAGCGUGUCAGGACCUUGCAUUAUUGUCUUAGCGUGACAGGACCUUGCAUUAUUGUCUCAGCGUGACAGGACCUUGCAUCAUUGUCUUAGCGUGACGACAGGACCUUACAUUAUUGUCUUAGCGUGACAGGACCUUGCAUUAUUGUCUCAGCGUGUCAGGACCUUGCAUUAUUGUCUUAGCGUGACAGGACCUUGCAUUAUUGUCUCAGCGUGUCAGGACCUUGCAUUAUUGUCUUAGCGUGAUAGGACCUUGCAUUAUUGUCUCAGCGUGACAGGACCUUGCAUUAUUGUCUCAGCGUGACAGGACCUUGCAUUAUUGUCUCAGCGUGACAGGACCUUGCAUUAUUGUCUUAGCGGUUGGCUGCGAGUGAAUUUCAUGUAAAUCAGGCGAGCCUCUACACGAAAUGGCUGAGAAUAAAGAGUUGCAGCAUGAAAAGUCCGAGGAGAAACAAACUAUAGUUUACAGCGCACCGGCCGUACGUACACCAUCACUGUCUCGACUUGCUGACAUCGCAGGGGAUCUCGGGCUUGAUCUGACCAAUGAAGAGCUCCAACAAUACCAAGAGGUAAUGGCUGGAAAGUUCAACACCACCUUUCAAAAGAUUCACGAGUUAGCAGAGCCCAAGCUACCUGUCAAAUAUCCCCGCACUAACGGGUACAAACCGUCCAAGUCACAGAACACUCUAAAUGCUUGGUACUGGUGCUGCGACAUCCAGGGUGCGGGCAGCGGUAAACUCCAUGGUAAGACCGUCGCCAUCAAAGACAAUAUCCCUGUUGCUGGGAUUCCAAUGAUGAAUGGGUCCCGGAUAUUAGAAGGUUAUAUCCCGGAUGUGGAUGCUACCGUAGUUGCGCGUGUAUUGGAUGCUGGAGGGCGGAUCCUCGGGAAGUCGGUUUGUGAAGAUUUCUGCUGUUCCGGUGAGAGUUAUUCUAACGCCACUGGCCCUGUACUGAAUCCGCUGGACACCACAAGGUCUGCUGGCGGCUCAUCGAGCGGGAAUGCAGCUUUGAUUGCUUCAGGGGCCGUGGAUAUGGCUCUUGGGGGCGACCAAGGAGGCUCCAUUCGAAUACCCGCCGCGGCGUGUGGGAUCGUUGGCUUGAAGCCGACUUAUGGCCUUGUUCCGUACACAGCCAUCAGUUCUAUGGAGACAUCACUUGACCACUGUGGGCCUAUGGCUAAGACAGUACGUGAUGCCGCAUUACUGCUCGAAGCUAUUGCUGGCCUGGACGAGGAGGGACUGGAUCCAAGACAACCACGUGAGAUGCCAGUACCACCGGUAUAUACUGAAAAGCUAACCGGUGUGAUUUCUGGGGUCCGCAUCGGUCUCUUGAAGGAGGGUUUUAGCUCUCUGAUUGAGCCAGAUGUCAACGUGAUGGUGCGCAGAUCCGCUGAGCGACUGCAGGAGCUGGGUGCAGUAGUGGAGGAUGUACCUGUUCCAUGGCACUCGCUCGGUUCAGAUCUGUUCUUAGACAUAUUCGUAGAGGGAGGCGCGGACACCAUGUUCGAGAGAUUCGGCGGUUCCAGUGGUCUGGCCUAUUAUAAUACCCACAUGCAGCACGCAGUCACAAGAGGGCUGAAGACGCACACCAACGAUUCCGCGCCGACGGUGAAACUCGCGCGAAUGAUGGCGCGCUACCUGAAGGAAGACUACUAUGGCUUCUUCUACAGCAAGUCGCAAAACCUCAGACGAGAGCUGACGCGUGCUUAUGACGAGGCGCUCUCCAAAUAUCAUGUGCUCAUCAUGCCUACGGUUCCUAAGAGGACACCGAAGAUUCCAGAUAUCACGGUGUCAAUCAAGGAAUUUGUGCAUACAGCUUUUUUACAAAUAUGCAACACGGCUCCCUUCGAUUUGUCCGGUCAUCCGGCGCUGUCCAUCAACGCGGGCUCAUCCCACGGGUUGCCUGUUGGAAUGAUGAUAGUCGGACGCAGGUUCGACGAUGCCAUGGUGCUGAACGUUGCGCAUGCGUACGAGAAGCUCAGAGAUCAAGUCGUCUCAUAAAUUACUGAAGCAGCAUGUUGUUGUUUUUCACCGCGUUUGCAAUGAAAAUUAAUAACUGUUUAGUGCAGUUUUUCAAUAUUCCGGGAACACUCGCCGACGAUUCCAGCUAGAUCGCCCUCUAACUUCUUGAAGAUUUCUUGUUUUUAACGAGCACUGAAAUAGUCCAAUCAUGGCACUUCUUCCUAAGGCGCUGACCAAUCAGAAGGCCGCAAGUAUAAUUAUGUUUGAAUGAUGGAAGCCAGAAGGCGGUCUGUUAAUGAGAGUUCGCAGGAUAUUGAAAAUGGCAGAAAUGGAUUCAAAGAUUAAUAAUUAGAUAAAAAAAUACUAAAAUACUUUGCGGGCAAUAACGAAAAUAAAGAGACGAAGUUAACGAU